UGUUCGUCGAGCCAGAGUUUAGCAAGCGUGAGGUCAAGGCGGCCCAGAAGAGCGAGGAGUGGCUGAAUGCCCGCAAGGAGUGCAUCACUGCCUCGGAUAUUGCCACGGUGCUUGUGCUUGACGACGAUACGCUGCACGAGUACCGCAGUCAGUUCCCCAGUGCCGAUAUCGAGUCGACCGGCAAGUGUGCCAACGCAUACAGCAGCUACGACAAGCUCCUCAAUGAAAAGUCGGGCCAGAUCGAGCGAACGUUCUUUGGCAAUGUCGCCACACAGUACGGCGAGCGCUACGAGCCCGAGUCCCAGCGCAUCUUUGGGCAGAUGGCCGGCAGCCCCGUCCACGAGUACGGCCUCAUCAAGCAUGCCUCCAUCCCGUUCCUGGCCGCCAGCCCCGACGGUUUCACCGAGGACGGGAGGCUCGUCGAGAUCAAGAACCCGUACCGCCGCGAGGUCUCGGCGAUCCCGCCGUUCCACUACUGGAUCCAGAUGCAGAUCCAGAUGGAGGUCUGCGAUGUCGACGAGUGUGUCUUUUUCGACUGCGACUUUCACGAAUACUACAGCCCGGUCCACUGGCAGCGCGAUGCGGCCGCACAAGACCCUGCCGGCCCCAACCGAUUCGGCAUCCUGAUCGACAAGGGCGAAGGAGCGACGCUCAAUGCACCGCCCCGGGUUGUCACCGUGGAUGACUUUAACGUCUGGGCCAGCGACUUCCCAGUCCACACCAGAGUCUACUUUUGCCUCCACAAGCACGAGGCCACCCUGAUCAAGCGGGAGAGAGCGUGGUUUGAGCGAGUGCGCCCGAGGCUGGAGAUGUUCUGGAGC